CAGCCGCCGGCGCCACCAGUGCCCUCUCCAGAAAGGGGAGCCGAGAGGCGUCUGGAGAGGGCCCGGCGGUUGCCCACGUGACUAGCAGCCUCGGCUCCCGGUGCCGUCCUGGGCCUGCAGCGAACAUGGGCGUGCUCAGGGCCGCGCUGUGUCCGGGCCUCACCCAGGAGAUGGUCCAGCUUCUGAGGAGUCGCGGAAUCAAGACAGUGGUGGACCUGGUUUCUGCAGACCUGGAGGAGGUAGCCCAGAAAUGUGGCUUGUCUUAUAAGGCCCUGGUUGCUGUGAGGCGGGUGCUGUUGGCUCAGUUCUCAGCUUUCCCCUUCAAUGGCGCUGAUGUCUAUGAGGAAUUGAAGACCUCCACUGCCAUCCUGUCCACGGGCAUGGAAAGACUGGACAAACUGCUUGAUACUGGUCUCUAUACUGGAGAAGUGACUGAAUUUGUAGGAAGCCCAGGUAGCGGCAAAACCCAGGUUUGUCUUUGUGUGGCUGCAAACGUGGCCCACAGCUUGCAGCAGAACGUCCUGUACAUCGAUUCCAGUGGAGGGAUAACAGCCUCCCGCCUCCUCCAGCUGCUUCAGGCCAGAACCCAGGAUGAGGAGGAACAGGCAGGAGCGCUCCGGAGGAUCCAGGUGGUGCAUGCGUUUGACAUCUUCCGAAUGCUGGAUGUGCUACAGGACCUCCGAGGCACUGUGGCCCAGCAGGUGAUCAGUUCUUCAGGGACAAUGAAGGUGGUGGUGGUAGACUCGGUCACCGCGGUGGUCUCCCCGCUUCUGGGAGGUCAGCAGAGGGAAGGCCUGGCCUUGAUGAUGCAGCUGGCCCGAGAGCUGAAGACCCUGGCCCGGGAACUCGGUGUGGCAGUGGUGGUGACCAACCACGUGACCCGGGACAGGGACAGUGGGAGGCUCAAACCUGCCCUUGGACGGUCCUGGAGCUUUGUCCCCAGCACCCGGAUUCUCCUGGCUGUGGGUGAGGGAGCAGGUGCACCAGGAAGCCAGCGCAUGGCAUACCUGACCAAGUCUUCCCGUCAGCCAACAGGAAUCCAGGAGAUGAUAGACAUUGGGAUUUGGGGGACUUCAGAGGAGCGUCCAGUGCUAGAGGGGGAUCAGACAUGACUGGUGCUGGUGACUGGGAAAGCGGGAGUCAUCGAGGGCCCCCUCCCUCCCUGUCCAUUAAUGCCUGUGUUCACUGCCACCCGGCACUUGAGACUACAGCAGCAGCAGCAGCAGCUCUUAGGCCGGGCAGAAGAUCCCUGGACACCCCCAGUAAGAGGGGGAGAGACAUAGCGGAUUCCUCAGCUUCCCCCUUUGUGGGAGCAUAUUGAGCCACAGGCAAGAGAGGACGCUACAGUGGAAGGACCCGGGGAUGCAUGCUGGUGCCUAGUUUUCUUCUGCUGUUUCUACCGUGUAUGUUUCCAGUGGGAGCUGAGGGCACCCUAGCUUGGGCACCUCUGAAGAGACGUGCAAGUGACGAUUAACAACGCUGCGCAUCACCAUCCGAUCUCACGUUCAACCUGGCACAGUGAUUGAGCCUUGGAGCCUCUAGCCUGCCUUUGCUUCUCUUCUUUGCUUUUUUUGCCUCUGUCUUCUUUCCAUCUGUAAGUUGGGGCUCCUUUUCCCUUAGCUCUAUUUCUGACUUACUGGGUGGAAAUAGCCUCAUAAAUGCAAAACUCUUCAUCAUAGAUUCUGCUCCUAAAAACAGAAAGAGGAAUUUUCUAGAGCCUCAGAGCCAUCUCAUUUCCCCCCAGGUGGUGGUUUUUCAGUUUUCCCCAGCAAGGCCCCAAAGAAUGGUCGUUCCUCCUCUCCUCUUGCUGCUUGGGUUUCACACACCUGCACGCAUCACCCUGAUUAGGUGAGAAUGUGAGCUUACUGCAGUCCCAGGGAUAUAAUUUAACACGAAGGGACGAUGUGUCCGGCUCCUGGUGAAUCCAGCCAUUUGUUUAAUAUGCAUGGUGUCCUCCGGGGCCCCUCCACGGUAUAAAGUAACCAGAGGUGCUGAACCAUGGCCUUGCCCAUAAACAGAUGGAGGAGAAUUUGCACAGUAAAUAGAGCCAGCUGGGAAAAUUGAUGCUGGUGUAAAUAAUACAUAGCAAAUCUAGUCCUUUAUGCAGAAAUUCAUUGCUGGUGGCUCUAAGAUGCAAUAUAAUUACACCUCUCUUCCUGCCAGCUGUACCACAGCCUAGUGCCCUAGUGUAUGAAAUAACCCCCCUGUCUGUUACCAGCACUGUGGCCAUCCGUCUGAGAGCCAUAAGUAACCCUGGCUGGAAGCAGAGGUCGACGCCAGGGAAGGGAAAAUAAAAGGCAAAAUGGAGACAUGAUUGGGAUUGUUUACUGAUCACAUUUUUUUUAAAGAAAGAGAACCUUUCUUGGUCAGAAAGCCUGUUGUGCAAUUAAUGAGUUGUGGCUUGACGUCAGGAAAGGGGGUCAGAGUUACGGGCCAAAGAGAUGACAUUUAGAGAUGAUGAAUGCAGGAUUGAAGCAGGAAGCAUGGAGGAUUGGGAAUGAAUGAGGAAUUGGCUCUAAGGUAUCUGACAGAGAGGACAGGGUUGGUGAGGCCAAGACUGGGGGAACCCUGACAGUUGCUUUCACAGAGUCUUCAGGAGAAAUUAAUCUUUAGUAGCUUCAUUCCAAGGAGCCCUGGUAGUGCAGUGGUUAAAGCACUUGGCUGCUAACCAAAAGAUUGGCAGUUCGAACCUGCCAGCCACUCUGCGGGAAAACGAUGGGCAGUCUGCUUCUUUAAAGAUUACAGCCUUGGAAGCCCUGUGCAGCAGUUCUGCCCUGUCCUAUAGGGUCACUGUGAAUUGGAAUCACUUCAACGACAGUAGGUUUGAUUAGCUUUAUUCCAACUCUGGGGAUUUUACCCAGAUGGAUGGAUGUCGGCACAUUCCUGCAGCCACAGUAAGAAGCCAAUAUGUUAACCUAGGAAUGGCAAAUCCUUGCCACUCAUGGUACCAUUUGGGCCUCUUGACUUAUGGCAGACAUCACCAAUCAAUCCCCGGUUUCCUUUUUUGCAGGGCUCAGAGUCUUCUGCAGCCUCAGGGUCUUUCUGGAUACAGCAUUCCAGGUUGUGUGUACCAGUCAGUUUGAGUUGGCUCUCAAUGUGGAGCUUGGUUGCCAUCUCUGCCCUGGGCACAUCUGCCAUGUUUCCUGCAUGUGGGGAGCACAGGUGCUUUGUAUCUGAGUCAGAAUCCUAGCAUAUGGGAGUUGGAGAGGCCCGUAAAGAUCACGUCACCCAUCCUGUCAUUUAACAGAGGAGAAAGCUGAAUCCAAAGAGGGGAUGUGAUGGUCCAAGUGGCAGAAUGGGGAGUGGAACCCAGAACUCCUGACUCUUAGGUCAGGACCUUUUCCUUCCCCUGGCUGCCUUUAUUUUGCCAGUCUGCAUGGUUCUGUCCCUACUGGGGGACUCACUCCAGCUGAAGGUGCUGCAGCCUUCAUCCAGGUGGCCGCUGCAGUCACGGGAAGGUGCUCCAUUCGCUGCUAUCUCAGUCCACGCAACGUUCCUGCAGGACCACACGCUUUAUGCCUUGCUUCCUCCUUUAGACCCUGCCCUGAGGCCAGGGCUCUGUCUUUCUCCAUGCGCUGCCACUGUUUUCUCCAUUCUGGGCAUGCCACGUGUGUUCCCCCAGUAGGCCUUGAACCAGGCCAGCUCUUAUUUGUGCCUUUUGCUCACUUGUGGAUUUGCCUCUGUCCACUCCCAGUGUGUCUGGUACACACCCACCCUGACAUCCUCCUUUUUUAUACCUCAGCAAUAGGUAGCUGUUUAUAACAACACCCCUCUGUAACACUUGUACUUACUGUUCACAUUUCUACCUGCCCGUUAGCACAAGAACCACUAUAAGGGCUCUCGUGUCAAUUUUACUCUGGCUCUUUCCAUAUCAUGGGAGCUCAGUAAAUGUUAACUAUAUGAAUGAGCAGUUCUUACUGCAUUUUAAAGAUGGCAAAGGAGAAAUGCUGGAAUGUUUUCCACUUGAUCUAGAUAGUCGUUGAGCCCCCAGAGUCUCCUUUUAAAUAUCUUUCCAUAGAGAACUAUUGCCUGUAUUUCAUCUGACAUCAGACAGAAUUAAUGUUGAGUCCCUACUAUGUGCUAGCACUUGAUGCCCCAGGUGACCUUAAGUCAGGUACUUGGAUGCCCAAAGACUCUCAGGCAAAAGGUACAAAUACCGUUGUUGCAAGUAACAAAACCUGACUCAAAGAGGCUUAAGCUUGAGGGGUAUUUGUUGCCUUCAGUAACAUGAAGUCUAGGGCUGGGGAAUUCGUUGUCUCAUUGUCAAGGGGCUUCAGGCCUUUCUCUCUUUCUGCUGUGCUUUCCUUUCAAAUUGGUUUAUUUUCAAGAUAGCUACCCUCAUCAGAACCGGGCUGCAGCCUUUCUGAGCAUCAAUCCAGACACGAAGAUUACUACAAACAGAAGAGGGAUCACUUCUUUGUUGUGUCCCUUUAAGAACAAGGAAAACUCAGAACUUCCCCUCAGUCAAAGCAAGUGUCAUUCAUAUCUCAUUGGUGCAAAAUUCCUUCACGCAUCCAAGUCAAAAUCGGUAGUAACUGACAAGGGAAGUGGGAUGACUGAUUGGCUCAAAUCAACCAGAAAAUAGCCUUGGAGCUGGGGUUGGGGCCAGCCUUUCCUGAAGCACAUGGUGUGGCCACUGAAAGAAAAUAGGGUUUCUACUAGAAAGGAGGAAAUGAGUGUGUGUGGAGGAAUUGGACAUUGGAUGGGAAACUACCACUGUCUGCCAUAGUCCUGAAGGCAGGUUUAUUGAGGCCCUCUUAUGCGUGUACCUCUCAGUUAGACACCUUAGGAUAGUCUUGUGAAUCACUCCAUUUUACAGACAGUGAAGGGGAGCUCAGUGAAGAUAAGGACGCAAAGCUAAGAAAUGGCGGCACCAGAAUCCAGUCUCAAACCUGUCUUCAUUCCACCUCCUACUCCUUCCCAUCCUCAUGCUGCCUUCGGCAGUGAAUAUGUAAAUGUUUCAAUAAAAUUCUUUUUCAUAAUUUGCCUGGAUAGUACCAAAGGCUACACGUCCCAACCUCUUUUCAGCUUAGGUCACCAUAAAAAGUUGGAUCACAGAUCUACUUUAUCUCUUUCUGAUUUCCCCCAGGGAGUUUAUAAGAAAGAAUGAAAAGCAUUUGGAGAAGGGAGAUGUCGUUAGUAUAAACGAGAACCGAAGGUUUAGAGGGAAAUAAAGCUGAAUAAAAAAAGGGGCCUGUGCUUCCCUGAGACGUGAGCCAGGAGGAGAUAAGGGAAUUGGGUGCCUAUCUUGCUAAGUUUUGGCGUGGGGUUGUACUGGGUGGAGUUAAAACUGUAUAACGGUGUAUUGGAGACGUGCAUUGAAGACUGUGGUGCAGGAAGCUUAAAUUAGAGCUAGGUAUGUUAUUCAUCAAAGGUUUCCCCCUAAAAGGUGCUUUUCCUUAUUUUUUCUUGUCCUAUUGCACUAGUUGGACUAACUUCCAUUACUUCACUGAAUACAAGCAAAAAAAGCCAUCGUCCUUGUCACGCUCCUGACUUUAGUGGGCUGUUCCUAGUACUUUAUCAUUAAGAUACUUUACAUUUCAUGUAGUUGAACCUUCUCCAAGUUAAAGACGUCACUGGUUUUUCUGUCAGUCCUGGAAAGAGAGUCCAGGUAUUGGCCAUUCCAUCUGCCAUGCCUGGAGUUCUCCCUCCCAGUGAAUGGAAGGUCCAUACACCCUGGACCUGUACCACGCGCAUCAGCCACUGUGUAAAUUUGACUUGUUGAGUAGCCCUUGAAUCUAGCUCUUUUGUGGUCUCUCAUUUGUAGUUUCUGGGUUUUGCCAGAAGACGGGCCUGUGUUGAAAGAGAUACAAAGUCAAGGAAUGAGAUUUUUAUAUCCCAACUAAUUUGUUCUUGGCCCUGACAUUGCUGUAUAGCAUUGGAUGAGUAAACUUCACCUUAGUUUCAUACCUGCCUCAGAGUUGUUUUAGGGUUGUAUAGCUUAUGGAAAGCACCGAAUACUUUUCCAGGAAUAUUGUGGGCACUUAAUCUCCUAUUAUUGUAAGGCUUGUGAUGCAUGGGAGAUAAUGAUGUCAGCCUGCUUCUGUCAGGCUGGGCCAGCUUCAUAGUAGUGUGACCCGUGCAGUCACACAGGGCCCUGUGCUUAGUUCAAUGCUCUGGCAUCGAUAUAUUGUCAUUCUUAAUGCUUUUUGAACAAGACAUCCGGCAUUUUGCACUGGGCCCUACAGAUUGGAUAGCCAGUUUUGUGUCCAGGGGUGGGUAGAGCUCUAUACUGGCCCUUUAGGGAAAAUCCUACUGCUAAUUUCUUAGGGAGUGACUCCCUUAGAGUACUGUCCUACAGAAAAAUUAGAGUUAGUGCCCUGUAUGUGUUUAACUUCCAUUCUGGGGUUAUGGAGACUGUCUCGGAAAUGAACACCCCAUAUUUUACAGAAUUUAUCAGGUCUUUUUAAGGAGCCCUGGUGGCACAGUGGUUAAGAACUUGUCUGCUAACUGAAAGGUUGGCAGUAUUAACUCACCAGCCACUCUGCAGGAGAAAAGACCUGGUGUCCCGCUCAUCUAAAGAUCACAGCCUUGGAAACCCUAUAGGGCAGCUCUACUCUGUCCUAUAGGGUCGCUAUGAGUUGGAAUUGACUCCAUGGCAAUGGGUUUGGUUUUGGUUUUAUCAGGUUGAGAGAAGUUAGGGGAGGCUGUGAAGUGGAAAAAUGAUUCAGAGUUUUGGAAUCGGGAAAAGAUGUGGGUUCAAAAACCUGCCAGGCCUGCCAGGUUACUUGGACAAGGUGUGUUUGUCUCAUUGGUAAAAUCUAUGUUGCAGGGGAAUUACGUUUUCCUUAUUGGUAAAAUAUGUCUCAGGGGGAAUGAAACAUAAUUUAUGUAAAGUGCAUUUCACAGUCUGGCACAUAGUAGGUGCCCAGUCACCAUUAAUCCUUCAGGCUCUUGCCAGAAGUAAAAAAAAUGAAUCAGGGGACUAGGACUUACAAGCCAUGCUGCUGCUAAUAAAAGAAAUAAUAUGAUUUAUUUCUUCACUGUUUGGGGAAAGGCAUGCGAUUCAUAAAUAUGUAUUGGAAAAUGCUUAGCAAAUGAGUAAAGAUAAUAAAAACACGUCAAAGUAAACAGCUCCUAUAAACAUGUCACUUGGUAGACAAAUUCGUGUUUUGUUACUACUAAAUACUAUUGCCCAACCAAAAGGAUUUCAGAUUAUUUGCGCAGUAGGUACAUUAUUGAGGGCCCCUGCAGAAGGGCACGAUAAAGAUGAAAAAUGGUGAUGGCGAUAAUGCUAAAGAUGGAGAAAUGAAGAAUGUGGGUAAAUGCAGUUCGGAGACCUAGCCUCAGUGAUGCGUACGUUCUUCGGCAGCAAUCCAAUGAUGUAGCUGUAACACUGACCAGAGGGCCCAGAAAAAAUGAUUUACACAGGAUGUCAUGAGUCCAGACUCCAAUUAUUGGACCCACUCAGUGGAUUAAGUGCAUUGUGCUUUGGAGCUGAGCACUGUUUGUAAACCAAGUUUACAGAAAAGGCUGCUCCAGGUCUCACCCCGCCAUUGUUCUGGGCUGAUUAACCUGUGACUAUAAUUAACACAGAGAGAAGGAGAGACGUGGCCCAGAAAGCUGUGCCUUAAUCACAAGUCAUGAGUCCAUUUCAGAAAUACGAGAAUAGGAACUAAGUCCUGGCAUCUCAAGAGAAAAGGAACCAGAGAGGGAAAGAGGAGACAAUAAAUGCCUUCACGAGGGAAAAUAAAGCCCUGGGGAGAAGCAGACAGGACAGGGAAUUGCAUCAAGGAAAGUUACAAAAAUAGCCAGGUAGGAAAAAGAUGGGCAUGUUUAAUCCAGAUGCAGGAGACCUCUUUCACGGAGGCUGUCUUUCCAUAUAUUCCUGAUAGUGGAAAGAACCGGUUUCAAAUUCCAGCUCCUAACUCUGAGACUUUAGGUAAAUUACUAAUCUGCAAAUCCUCACUGACAAAAUGAGAAGACUACUCAGCUUGCUGGGUUGUUGUGAGGAUUGGUACUAAUAACACCUGUCAAGCGAUAGAGUGAUAUAUAUAAAUGAUAUUUGGCUUUUCUUUAUGAUAAAUACCUUACUUUAAAAUACAAACUGCUCAGAAGAACUCUGGGAAGUCUCGACAGAAAUCUAAAGCAUACGAAAAGUAUCACUAGACACCAGUCAGAAGAAUGAGAAUUCUUACCAUUUUCAUGACUAGGCAUCUUCUUAGCCCACCUGGCUAGUGGUCUUCCAGGCUACCCUGGCACUUCAGAAUUUACUAAGCACAUGUAGAUAGACU